UUUCCUUUUAUUUUCUUAACCUCCAGGAUCUAAGGAAAAUGCAUCUGGAAUUUCAACUGGACUAGCAGCAAGAAAACAACUUCAGCAGCAAGGUUCACGUUGUGCGGCACAGAGUCAAUAUUUGAUGAGCGAUUGCUGCCAGUACAGACAACCGGGCGGGCGGAUGAAUUAGCUACUUGGAGGAUCUUUGCUGAGUCCUCUAACAGGGAAAACAAGACAAGAAGCCAGAGUUAUCUCCAGGUAACUUGAGGGCUGGGCGUGGCUCGUUGGAGACAGUGACCAUGGCGACAGCCUUCUUGCAAGAUGGGGUGGGGUAUGAGGACAUGGCUAAGCUGCAGGAUCUGCACGAGGGCAGUAUACUGGACAAUAUCAAGCAGCGCUAUGAAAAAGACAGGAUUUAUACCUACAUUGGCUCCAUCCUCUGCGCCAUUAACCCUUACAAGACCAUCCCUGGUAUAUACGGGGAUGAUGUCAUGCAAGUCUACAACAAGAAACAUAUCGGGGAGUGUCCACCCCACAUCUUCGCCAUCGCUAACGACUGCUACUACUCAAUGUGGAAGAAAGGAGAGAACCAGUGUGUACUCAUCAGUGGUGAAAGUGGAGCCGGUAAGACGGAGAGCACAAAGUUCAUCCUCAACUAUCUCUCUGAACUCAGCCAGUUUGCAAUGAUAGGAAGAGAGCAAGAGGUCAGGUCAGGGGUCAGAGUUGAAGAUGCCAUUUUACAGAGCAGCCCCAUCAUGGAAGCCUUCGGGAACGCCAAGACGGUGUAUAACAACAACUCCAGCAGAUUUGGAAAGUUCAUUCAACUGCAGUUCACCCAGUCCGGUUCUAUAUGUGGAGGAAAGAUCCGAGACUACCUUCUUGAAAAGAAUCGUGUGGUCGGACAGAAUCCCCAAGAGAGAAAUUAUCACAUCUUCUACUGCCUACUUGCAGGGGCCGACCCGAAAAUGAAAGGAGAGCUUCGUCUAGGAGACAUCAGCAAGUAUCACUACCUAAACCAGAGCGGUUGUACAUGGGAUGAUACAUUGGACGAUAGAGGGAACUAUCAACUUAUCAAGGAUGCCAUGAAGGUGAUGGAAUUCACAGAUGAGAAUGUCCACGACGUCUUCCAUAUACUAGGGGCCAUUUUGCACAUUGGCAACAUCAAGUUUAUCACAGCCGGUGGAGCUCAAGUAGAGAAUAUGAAUGCCGUGGAGAUUGCAGCGUCUCUGCUCCAUGUUGAUGAAUACCAGCUGAUGGAUGCACUUACACAGAAAACUAGAACCCUGAGAGGAGAAGUCAUCAGUACUCCUCUGGAUCUCGACCAGGCUGCUGAUUCAAGGGAUUCCCUGGCCAUGAAGCUCUAUGCACAGUGCUUCAAAUGGAUCAUUCAGAAGAUCAACAACCGCAUCAAGGGCUUCGGAACGUACUGCUCCAUUGGCGUCCUCGAUAUCUUUGGAUUCGAGAACUUUGAGGUGAAUCGUUUUGAGCAGUUCAACAUCAACUAUGCCAAUGAGAAGCUUCAGGAGUACUUCAACAAGCACAUCUUCUCUCUAGAGCAACAUGAAUACGCUGCAGAGGGUCUGGAGUGGGUCGACAUUGCUUACCAGGACAACGGAGAGUGUCUAGACCUGGUGGAGAAGAAACUUGGCAUCUUAUCCUUGAUCGAUGAAGAGAGUCGCUUCCCGAAAGGGACAGAUGUGACCAUGCUUGAGAAACUACAUGACACACACAAUAAAAACGUGUUCUAUGUGAAGCCUCGAGUGACGGACAAAAGGUUUGGGAUCCGGCAUUAUGCGGGCGAGGUGUUCUACACGACGACAGGCUUCCUAGAGAAGAACAGGGAUACCUUCAGAGAUGAUAUCCUACAUCUAAUGAAAGAAAGCAGAUCUGACUUCAUCUAUGACCUGUUUGAGAAUGUAGCGGAGAGCCAGCAGUCAGGAGGGGGAAGGGGUAAGGACACCAGGAAGAAGGCUACCGUCAGCGCUCAGUUCAAGGAUUCACUACAUUCGCUGAUGUCUGCUCUGAAUAACUGCAAUCCAUACUUUGUAAGAUGCGUCAAACCAAAUACUGAAAAGGCUCCAACCAAGUUCCAGCCUCAGGUGGUUUUGAAUCAGCUUCGUUACUCUGGAAUGCUAGAGACCAUUAAGAUUAGGAGGGCAGGCUACCCGGUCAGAAGAAUAUAUACAGAUUUUAUUGCUAGGUACAAAUCACUGUUCAGCAAAGAGCAACUCAAGACGAUGACAUCCUCGGACGAUUCCAAGCAGAAGUGUAGCGUGCUUCUCCUGCAGUAUGAUGGGACCAGGAAGCAAUGGCAGCUAGGGAAGAACAAGGCCUUCCUCAAGGAGACCCUAGAGAACACCCUGGAGACGGAGAGAGAGAGGAUGUUAGGGGUCAAAGCGGACCUCAUCAAAGCUGCGUUCAAGGGGCACAUGCAAAGAAAGCAGUACCUGAGAACACGAGCCAAGAUCAUUGUGGUACAGAAUGUUGUUAGGAUGCAUCAAAGACGUCUUGCUUUCAUACGCAUCAAGAAUGCAGCAAUCGUAAUGCAGAAGUACGAGAGAGCUCGCAAGGCCAGGAACUAUCUGGCUUAUCUGAAAGAAGAGAAGAGGAAGGAGGAAGAGAGAGUGAGAGAAGAGCAGAGAAGGAGGGAGGAAGAGGAACAAAGAGAGCUUGAGAGGCUGAAACAAGAAGCCAAGUUGAAAGAGAUGGAAAUAUUGCAGAAGAAGCUUGAGGUAGAAGCUCGACAGAGGCAAGAAGAGGAAGAGACCAAGAAGAAGCAAGACGAGGAGCUCCGAUUGGCAGAGAUUGAGAGAGCCAGAGAAAUAGAGAAACAGAAAAUGAUAGAGGGAGAAGAAGCGAGGAGGAAGGCUGAAGAAGAAAGACUUAUCAGAGAGAAGGAAGAAAUGAGGAAACAAAAGGAGGAUGAUUUACUGAGGGAGCAAGAGGACCAGGAGAGGGCUCUAGAGGAGGAGGUUGCUAGACGAGAAGCAGAGCUGGAGAGGAUGAGACAAGCCAGGCUAGCAGAGGCAGAGAAGGACAUCAUGCAGGACUUUGAUCAGUCUAUUGCCAUGCUUGAACAAGAUCUACCAGAGGACGUUUCUGAGAUGGAUGAAGAUGAGGACGAUGAUACCAUUUCAAGGAAGUCUGAGGAGACGCAGUACUUUGAGAGUUUCCUACAGAUGAAGGCUGGAGGUAUGAUGAACACAUGGAGGAAGCGUUGGUUUGUUCUCCGAGACGAAACCCUCAUGUGGUUCAGAACCAAGCAGGAAGCAUUGAAAUCUGGAUGGCUUCAGAAGAAGGGAGGAGGAACUGGAACAUUAUCAAGGCGUAACUGGAAGAAGAGGUUUUUUGUCCUCAAGGAUACCAUACUUUCAUACUAUGAAUCAGACUCUGAUGGUGCGAAGCUUCUCGGCAAGAUUGACAUCAAGAGCGCUUUGCAAAUCAUUGACAGCAGCGUUGGACGUGAGAACUCUUUGGAGUUGAUCACAGACCAACGAACGUACCAUGUGGUAGCUGAAACAGCAGACGAAUGCAGUGAGUGGUACAGCAUACUGACGAGAGUGAAGAACGCAAACGAGUUUGAGCUUCGUCAGAUGAGAGAUGAGGAGGCUAAUCCUAAGAAUGCUAUCGGUUCUCUGGACGUAGGUCUCAUCGACUCAGUCGUUCCUGUCAAUGUCGUAGCCAAACCAAAUGCCUUCGCCAUUAUCACUGCAGAAAGAGUGAUAAGCCUUGUGGGUUCAACAGCAGAGGAAAUGAAUAACUGGCUAACAGCAUUGACCCAAUACCACAAGGGUCAGAGGACAUACCGGAAGGAGGAGGUCAUCCUGAGUGGCUGGAUGACCAAGGAGAACACGACGGGUCUCGCACGGGCCGGAGGCUCACGCAAGAAGCGUUACUUUGUCCUGACGCAGCAUUCGUUGGACUACUACCGCAGCAUCGAGUGCCUGCAGAAGAUGGGGGCUAUUGCCAUCAACAGUCUCUGCUCCGUGACGGAACCGGACGAGAAGACACACAAGGAAGAAGGGCUUUAUUCAGACAUCCACAUUGUGAAUGAUGCACCCAACGAUUACUACAGGAAUGGAAUUAAUAACGAAAAUGAGAAUCCAACAUACGAAAACAUGCCCAUGUCUCACUCGUUAACGAACGGUUCGAGUGGGCGCAAGACCAGUCGUGUCCCCACCCUAAUACGCACCCGAAAGAAAUCUAAGUCUUCAGGGCCAGAGGGCAAAUUGACUGGCUGCUGGAAGAUCACCCUACACAGUCGACGGACAUCUCUCAAUCUGUACUCUGCAUCCAAUGAGGAAGCAUGGAGGUGGACCAAUGCGAUACAGGAUGUGAUUGAUACUAAACCACCGCUGGAAACACCCUUCCAGACCCUCAUCAAAGAAAUCAGGGAAGUAGGUCAAGCUGGUGAUUUGAAGGCCUUGGAGAGGAUAUACCAGCUGAACCCCAUCUUGAGGAGUACGCCCCACCCCAUCAAGGCACCCCUCCUACCCCUCCCCUAUGGACACAUCAGCAGUAGUCCAGACAAGGGUUACUCUACCCUUCAAGAUGAAGCAGUCAAGAUCUUCCCAGCUCUUCAAGGCUCAUUGGACAACGUUCCAGAUCCUCUACCUCUUAUACAGACAAUCCUUCAGACGGCGCAUGACCUGAAACCCCUGAGGGACGAGGUCUACUGUCAAGUUGUCAAACAGACCACUCAGGUCCUUGAUCCAGAUGGCCACAACAAUCUCCGCAACUGGCAACUCAUUGCCUGUAUGGCAGCAACAUUCCUUCCUAGCCGCAACAUCCUCAGAUAUGUGCGCUUCCACAUAAAGAGACAAAUGGACAUGUACCCAGACACGCAGAUGUCUAAGUAUGGUGCGUUUGCAUUAGACGCUCUCAAGAGAACCAGGACCAGAGAGUUCCCUCCAUCCAGACAAGAAAUCAUCGCUAUCUUAGGCCGAAGAGAGAUGAAUGCUACCGUCCACUGUCAUGGAGAAGGCUCAUGUCAGAUCACAAUCAACUCGUCUACUACAGCCGGCCAGGUUGUACAUACAUUGAUCAAGGGCAUGGGUCUUGAGAAAUGUCACAAUCGGUUUGCUCUCUACGAGAGAAGCGGACAGGUCGAGAAGGCCAUCGAUGACAGAACGGUGAUCGCUGAUGUCCUCACAAAGUUUGAAAGGUAUGUAGCCAGGAAUUUGAGUGACAGAGGCAAGCCCUGGCAACUCUUCUUCAAGUUGUUCUGUUUCCUGGAUACGAAGAAUGUUGAACAGGACAGCAUAGAGUACAUGUUCAUGUAUGAACAGUCGGUGGAAGAUGUUCUUCGUAAUCUGUUCCCAGCAUCUCAUGAUAAACUAGUCCAUCUCGCUGCCCUAAGGAUGGAGUCUUUGAAAGGGGAUUACUUGGAAGGAGAUUGGAUUCGAGACCUAUCUAUGGUGUACCCAGUGGAGAGGUUUAAGAAUGCUAACAAGAAAGAAGAGAAUGACUUUGCUGGUUUCCCGUCACUAUCAAGAUCUAGGAAAGAAGGUGUCAUCUCGGGAACGUUGAGGGGCUUGGGGGAGAAGACACUCAAGAGACUGCAAAAGUCAGCAUCAGAUGAGUCAAUAUUGGACAGCGUGUAUGCUGACGACAUCUCGGCCACAACUUCAGCAGUCAUUGAGAAAUGGAAGACGUUGAAGCACUUAAGUCCUGAUCAGGCGCAGGAAGCAUUCAUGAACAUCAUCAGACAAUGGCAGUACUACGGAGCACGUCUCUUUGAGGUGGAGUGCAGAGACACACGCUACCCUUCUGGUCUCUGGCUGGCCGUCGGGGUCGACAUGGUCGCUAUACACAAACAGGGCAUGGCUAGUCCCAUCGAAGAGAUCCCAUAUGAAAAGAUUCUCUCGUUUGGUGCACCAAUCCUGAAUGAGUACAAGAUUGUGGUAGAAGGAAGGAGGGAUGAACUAACGUUUGAAACCACCCAGGUAUUUGAGAUCGCUAAACUGAUGAAGGCAUACAUCAACGAGAUCGUCAAGAAAAGACAGCAGCUGGAGGAUUCAUAAUUCAGGCCUCUCCCUCAAGUUUCUCUUGUAUAGUUUUGAAAUCUUUUUGUCUUUCUAUUUUGUAUCUUCUUCCAUUUUGUUCUCUUUUGAAAUAUAUGAAUUUUGCAUUAUUUUUAUUCUGAGUCAAUUUUAUUCCUAAUUGGUCAUAAAUAAUAUGUCAUAGGGCACCAAUAUCAUGUGAUAUUUUUUACAUACCGUCUGUUAAAGUACAUCUAUGGAAGUUGAUCUUUCCAGUGACCAUGUUCAUGUAUAUGAUGGUCCUAAAAAUAAGAUAAUUUAAAUGCAUUACCAAGAUACGUGUUACACAAAGGAAAACAAAAAAAGUUGGAAGACUUGAUAUAUAACUAUGCACAGUGUCAUUGAAUAUGGUUUGAUUUUGGUAUAUCAUGCAUUUGCCAUAGACUGUAGUAAAUUUUGCCAGGUUGAUGAUUUGUGUAGCUUCUAAAAUGAACUAUUAUAGUAACGUUUUCUUUUUAAGAAGGAAAAAAAGAUCCAAAUAUGCUUGAAAAGGGGAGUAAAGUAAAGCUCUGUAAGAGCCUCUGUUGCUGCAUGAUGUUAAGACAUGACUGCUAUAUCUGCCUAGAAUAACCAAACUUGAUUAAAAAUUAUAGAGUGUUUUACAUGUUGAUGUAAUAAAGUAGAUUUGUGGAAAUAUAUCUGUUGGGUCACACUUUAUUGCUUUUGCUCUUUAAAUUAUCCAACUUUAUAACAUUCUAAAUAUUACUUGGUGGAAAUGUAUCAGAUGGCUCAUUAAUGGCAUAGGAAAAUUGACACUGACAUAAAAACUUAGCUUUCAUUUUCACCUUUGACCUAUUAAGUGAUGCUUCAUGCUACAAUCUUGAUAAUACAUAUUACUGUACACAGUGCUAUUUUUUAACAAUCAAUGCCAAAAAGGAUAUAACAUUAUGAAUAUGUAUAUUGUAGUUAAAUUCUAGGUCUCCCUUAUAUUUAAACAAAUCUUCUUCUUCUUCUCUUUUUUUUAAUACUUUUGACAACUCAUUUUCCCGUUGUGGUGCUAGAAAAAAACUGAGAAAUGGUAUAAGAUGCUGCAUUGAAAUAAUAUCUUGGUUAAUACCAAAGAAAGUCAGACCAGUCUAUUCAGGCCCUUCAACCUUCCUAGACAUAUUUUAUGACAUAUAUUUCUUCAAGGAGACCAUAUAAUGACCACUAUAGACAGGUGGUCUUCAUAGAGAGAUUUUCACUAAGACAGGUUGGACCGUAUCCUACAUAAGAAAGGGGGUUUGACAAAUAAGUGUGCAUCACUUUUUAAAGAAACGUUUUAACUCAAAAUGGCUGACAAAAAACCCUGUAUCAUUAAAGUGUAGACUUGCUUUUCAGCUUCUCCAUUUUAUGCUUACUGGUAUAUUCAUAUAUUAUUUCACAUUAAUGUCAACUCAAGAAAUACAAAUAUUUCUAACUAUAUAAGAUCUGUACAUAGUUGUGUUCUCUUCUUUUGAUUUUAUGAAUCAUGUUUCUUUACUUAUGUUUUUUUCAGGAAAACAGGGAGAAGUUGUAUGCCUGUAUAUUAAAAAUGUUAUCAAUAUUGUUUCACCAUUGAAGUGAGGCCAAAUUUGUAGUAUUAUUGACCUUCCACAUGUUAGUUGAUCCUAGCUCAUGCACAAAUUUGUUUUUUGUACUGGUACUUUAUUUUACUCUCCAAUAAAGCAACUCUUUCAUUCCCAGCUCUGUCUUGUAAACAAAUGAUAUCUUUUACAUAUAAUAGACAACAAUGUAAUUAGAAUUUACUGAUCAGGGGAGGAUGGUGUAUAAUUAUAUAAAUAUUUCAGAGAAAACUAACUUAUAUUUGUGACAGAGAAUUCCUUAUGGCAUGUAUAUUUCUUGUAUAUUCUUAAAUAGAUGUAUGACAUUUUUGUGUUUCCUAAUGAAUAAAUAUAUGUUGCAAAAGAUAAAAAGAAUGGGUAAAAGUUAAAGUUUGUUUGAAGCUUAUUACUUUUUCCUUGUUGAUGGUACUCAUAUUUAAUUUUGCUAAGUAUGUGGAACUUUAAGAAGAAAAAUGGGGAUUACAUGAUCAGAAACCCCAAGUAUUACAU